UUAUUGAAGGUCACUCACACAUUAAGUGACAGAAGCAAAGGAUGAGCAAAUAGUGUGAAAGCUGGCAGUCAUGGAGUCAAGAGGGUUCUUUCUGCUGAUGCUCUGCUGGUUUAUGAAUGUCGGCAAUCUACAUCCACUCUUCCGUCCCAGUAAUGGACUUCGUGAGUGUCGCAAAAACUCAACUUUAACAGCACUGGAGGUGCUACCAGGUGGAGGCUGGGAUAACCUGCGUAACUUAGACAUGGGACGGGUGAUGAACCUGAGCUAUUCCCAGUGCCAGACCACAGAGGAUGGUGUUUAUCUCAUUCCAGAUGAAAUCUUUGUCAUUCCACAGAAAGUGAGUGGAGUAGAAACAAACUCUGAGAUCAUCAUGUCAUGGCUGGAACAGAAAAGCUCCACUUCAAGCUCCAUUAAUGCUGAUGCUUCCUUCUUUUCGAUGGUCAAUGCAAAAUUCUCUACAGAAAACCAACGUAUGAAAACCCACCAAGUGAAAGAAAAUUCUGUAACAGCACGAGUUCAAGUACGUAACCAUCUCUACACAGUAAAAGCGUAUCCUGAUUUCACUUUGGACUUGCGCUUUGCUCGCCAGGCAGAGGAAAUCGCAGAUGCUAUUGAGAACAAUCAAACUCGUCAAGCAACUUAUCUGUCAGAGAAACUCAUACUUGAUUAUGGUACUCAUGUCAUCACAAGUGUUGAUGCUGGUGCCACUUUGGUGCAGGAGGACUAUUUAAAAAUGUCUUUUGUCUCUAACAGUCACUCAGACAUGUCUUCUGUAUCUGCCUCAGCAGGUUUUAACUUUUUUGACAAAGUUAAAUUUGAUAUUGGUGCCAAUACAUCCAAAGGGACCUCUGAAACCAGCAGUUAUCAGGGUAACAUCACAUAUUCUAUAGUUCAGAGCCAUGGAGGGGCUUUAUUCUACCCAGGCAUCACAUUGCAGAAAUGGCAAGAGAGCACACUCAAUAAUCUGGUUGCCAUUGACCGCUCUGGGCAGCCUCUACACUAUUUUCUAAAUCCGUCAACAUUUCCAGACCUCCCAGUACCAACAGUUCAUAAAAUGGCUUUAUCAGUCCGUCAGGCAGCAGAGCGCUACUACAAGGUAAAUAUCAUUCCUGGGUGUGUAAAUCCUGAUUCCAAAAAUUUCAACUUUCAGGCAAAUGUGGAUGAUGCAUCCUGUGAGGGUCCGGUCACCAAUCUUAGCUUUGGUGGCAUUUACCAAAAAUGUGAUCCAUUAACAUCAGAUGGAAAUGCCAUGUGUGAUGAGCUAGCACAGAAAAAUCCAGCCACUGGUGAUUAUUCAUGCCGUCAACCGUACAUUGCCACUCUGUUACGCUCUGAGACAGUAGAAAGAGGUUACAAUCAUUAUGAAUGCCACAGUCACUGUCAUCGUUGUGGUUUCCUAUGGCUGUCUACUUGUUGUGACCAAACAUGUGGUGAUGCUUACCAUGUCCGUCGUGCAAAAAUGGACACUUACUGGUGUUCCACAACUGAGAAAACCCCUGAGUAUUCUGGAUAUCUUUUUGGAGGUUUAUUUGGAUCAUCUUUGCAAAACCCAUUGACCAAAUCGAAUGGCUGUCCUCCAAAUUACUUUGCGCAAAUGUUUUUGUCUAAUGGCAUGAUGGUUUGUCUGAGCAAUGAUUAUGAGACAGGAACAAGAUUCUCUGUGCCUUUUGGGGGUUUCUUUAGCUGCCAAACUGGUAACCCUCUUGCAAAGAGUGAAUCUCGCUGUCCACCUCAGUUCAGCCAACAUCUUGCUGCCAUUAGUGAUGGUUGUCAGAUAUUGUACUGUGUCCAGUCAGGUGUGUUCACUGGUGGUCAGUUAACACCUGUUCGCCUCCCACCAUUCACAAAACCACCACUGGUCAGCAUGAUUGCGACAAACACUGUAGCUGUAAUGACUGAAGGCGAUCGCUCAUGGGUGAGAGUUGGAGAAACUAAGAUGUGGCGACUGGCAAAGCCUGGUGAGAUUAGGCAAAUGGCAUUAACGUUUGACAGGUCAUCUCCUCAGAUGUCCGGAGGAGAGAAGGCUGGUGUAACUGUUGGUGUAAUGGUUUUGAUUGCUCUUGUGGUGGCAGGAACAGUGUUUGUAGUGAAAAGAAGAAGGAGAUUUUCUGACAUCAGGUUAAAGAGGGGCUAUGAAGAGCUUCAGGGUGAGGGCCAAAGUGAGAGUGUUGUAGAGAUUCAGAAAGGACAGAAUGAGAAUGCAAAUGAAAACCCCACUCAAACUCUGUUAGGAUAAUAAUCUUUUUACUGUUCAGGGAUUUACAGUUAAGAUGCAUUAUAACAGUACAAUGAGUACGAUUAAUAGUAGUAGCAAUAACAAUUACAAAUAGUUACAGCAGUAGUGACCUUUUCCAGUAAAUAUUCUCUAAAGAAAAAAAUCACAUUUGUUUUACAACAAUCAAAGCAUCUGAAGAAUUUUGUUGCUUUUAAAAUAAAAUAAAAAAAAUUUAAGUUAAUUGCAAUGUAAGAAACUGGGGGGUUUUAUUGUUACAUAUGAGUGUUUUAUGUUAGAUAACCAUAGCAAAAUCUAGAUUGAGAUUGUCCAGUAUGCUUUUUUUUCUGUUGUCCAGUGUGAAUGUUUCAAGAAAGUGUUUAAUUUUUAUACAGAGAUUGUUGUCGAAAGCUGUAAACUCUGUGCCAUCUUUGACUAAACUCUGAGUUCACCAAACUUCUUGAACUUUGGUACCAGCAAAAGCAAAACUUCUUUACAUGUGUUCUUCACACCUACUCUCAUUUGAGUGUGCAAAAUUGCUUCAAUUACUGCAAUGAAUAUGAGCAACAUGAUAGGAUGUCAUCAUCCAGGGGUUCUGUUUUUAAAAUAUAAUGAAUUAUUAAAAACACAUAACAAUCAAUGAAAUAUUUUAAAAUAUACUUGUACCUACCUUCCUAGUCUUUUUUUAAAUGUAAGUUUCACAAUACUAACUAUACUAUUCCACUAUGCUAAAGUGGAAGUGCAAAUUUCUUUGCAUCUGCUUAAAUUUUCACUCUCCCAAAUUCACAUGUGUAUGAUAGGAACAAAGUGAAAGGAACACAAAGUAUAGUGUGACUGUACCUUAAAGGAAUAGUUCACCCAAAAAUGAAAAUUUGCUAAUAGUUUACUCACCCUCAGGCCAUCCAAGAUGUAUCUGAGUUUCUUUCUUCAUCAAAACAGAAUUUAAGAUUUUUAGGAUUUCAUUUCAGGCCUCCUCCUUUAAACAAUGCAAGUGAAUGUACAAAAUGCAUAUUUAGGGUGCAUCAAAAUAAUCCACACAACAAAUAAAGUUCUUCUGAACGCAAACGAUUGAUUAUUUUGAGAAACAAAACAAUACUUAUAUACUUUUUAACUACAAAUGUUCAUUUCCGUACAUCUCUGUGACGCACGCUUAUGAGAGGGAUGACGUAAGCUCGUUGGUAAGGUCACGCGUCACGCGGAGGAGGAGUCAGUAAGCGCGUCAUGGAUGGCCUGAGGGUGAGUAAAUUAUCAGCAAAUUUUCAUUUUUGGGUGAACUAUUCUUUUAAGCCCAGUCCAGGACAACGUUGGGAACAACUAUCUGAAAGAUGGUAUGCUUCUGCCUCUAUUUAAAAAUAUGUAAUAAAUACGUAAAUAAACAGAAUUUUUUUAAAUCACAGGUUUAACUUGAUCAUUAAAGCUGCACUACAUAAGAUUUUUUGCUAAAUAAUUAACAAAUAUCCAUUCCAUCAAAACCCUGUCAUUGACACCCCGAUUUGCCACUGUUAACUUACUUUAUAUGAGCUGUCUGGUCAGAUUUGAUGCAAAAUUGCAGGCCAAUGUCAUUCAUCCUUGCAAGUUUAUGUGAUGUCCUGGUGAAGUUGUUUUCUUGCUGUAAUGCUUGGAUAUGUUUUCUGGUAGGAUUGUUGAAGCUUAAUGGUUGUCAUGCUUUAAUGAGUCAACCAUUACUCAAGCAAUAUUGUGUUUAAUGAUUGCGCUAUGUUAGGCAAUGUUUUCUGGUCGAGUUGCUGUAACAUGUUUACUAAUAUUCAUGACUCUGAGUAUUUUAUAAUAUUGCUGUAGUUUCGAGGUUCCCUAAGUGUGUGUCCUGCUGUUUUCUCAUUUUUUUCCACCCCAGUUGCAGAAAUGCACAAGUUGUUCUCACUUUCCAUUGCCCUUUUUGCAGAUAGUCUGUUUAAAAUCCAUUAUACAUAGGUACAAUGUACUGCAAGGUAGUUGCCCAUAAAAUGCAUACUCAUCUCAAGUUGUUUCUAAUUUACCGAUUGUAUAGCACAGUAAUAUAUAUAUAUUGUUUAGAUUGUAUGUCAUCAUCUCUUUAUUACAACUUUAAUGCCAAAGAAAUGAAAAAUGAAGCUUUUUAUUAUUGUAAUUGCUUUACUGCAUAUUUCUGUUACAUUAUGUUAUAUAUUAUGUUUAAUAAAGUAUAUUUCAUCUGUUUCAUUCA